GUCCCGGCGGUAAGAUGGCGGCUGCCGCGGAGUGCGAUGUGGUAAUGGCGGCGACCGAGCCAGAGCUGCUCGACGACGAGGAAGCAAAGAGGGAAGCAGAGUCUUUCAAGGAACAAGGAAAUGCAUACUAUGCCAAGAAAGAUUACAAUGAAGCUUAUAACUAUUAUACAAAAGCCAUAGAUAUGUGUCCUAAAAAUGCUAGCUAUUAUGGGAAUCGAGCAGCCACCUUGAUGAUGCUUGGAAAGUUCCGGGAAGCUCUUGGAGAUGCACAGCAGUCCGUGAGGUUGGAUGACAGUUUCGUCCGGGGACAUCUACGAGAGGGUAAAUGCCACCUAUCUCUAGGGAAUGCCAUGGCGGCAUGUCGUAGUUUCCAGAGAGCCCUAGAACUGGAUCACAAAAAUGCUCAGGCACAACAGGAGUUCAAGAAUGCUAAUGCAGUCAUAGAAUAUGAGAAAAUAGCAGAAACGGAUUUUGAGAAGCGGGAUUUUCGGAAGGUUGUUUUCUGCAUGGACCGUGCCCUAGAAUUUGCCCCUGCCUGCCAUCGCUUCAAAAUCCUCAAAGCAGAAUGUUUAGCAAUGCUAGGUCGUUAUCCGGAAGCACAGUCUGUGGCCAGUGACAUUCUACGAAUGGAUUCUACCAACGCAGAUGCUCUGUACGUACGAGGUCUUUGCCUUUAUUAUGAAGAUUGUAUUGAGAAGGCGGUUCAGUUUUUUGUACAGGCUCUCAGGAUGGCUCCUGACCAUGAGAAGGCCUGCGUGGCUUGCAGAAAUGCCAAAGCACUUAAAGCAAAGAAAGAAGAUGGGAAUAAAGCAUUUAAAGAAGGAAAUUACAAGCUAGCCUAUGAACUGUACACAGAAGCCCUGGGGAUAGACCCUAACAAUAUAAAAACAAAUGCUAAACUCUACUGUAAUCGGGGUACGGUUAAUUCCAAGCUUAGGAAACUAGAUGGUGCAAUAGAAGACUGCACAAAUGCAGUGAAGCUCGAUGACACUUAUAUAAAAGCCUACUUGAGAAGAGCUCAGUGUUACAUGGACACAGAACAGUAUGAGGAAGCAGUGCGGGACUAUGAAAAAGUGUAUCAGACGGAGAAAACAAAAGAACACAAACAGCUCCUAAAAAAUGCACAGCUGGAACUGAAGAAGAGUAAGAGGAAAGAUUACUACAAAAUUCUGGGCGUGGACAAGAAUGCCUCUGAGGAUGAGAUCAAAAAAGCUUACCGGAAACGGGCCUUGAUGCACCAUCCAGAUCGGCACAGUGGAGCCAGUGCCGAAGUUCAGAAGGAGGAGGAGAAAAAGUUCAAGGAAGUUGGAGAAGCUUUUACCAUCCUCUCUGAUCCCAAAAAAAAGACUCGCUAUGACAGUGGACAGGACCUGGAUGAGGAGGGCAUGAAUAUGGGUGAUUUUGACGCAAACAAUAUCUUCAAGGCAUUCUUUGGCGGUCCUGGGGGCUUCAGCUUUGAAGCAUCUGGUCCAGGGAAUUUCUUUUUUCAAUUCGGCUAAGGAGAGGAAAGCAUCCAGAACCCAGAAAGUGGAGACUUGCUCAAUGUAACCUUGAACGUGGGCACAGUUCACCUCCUCCCUUCAUCUCAUCUCCCCAUCCUUAGAGCAGUUUCGUUUUCUUAGUUGGAUGCCCUGUGUCUGUGUGAGUGGGGGGAAGGAGAGGGAGCCAGCGCCGAAGACUGCGGGGAGG